GAUGACUAUGAUUUGAUCGCCCAGCUGAACAAUCGAGCCGGACUCGACAAACUGCCGAAGAUUUGCAAGUGACGAGACCCUCGGCUGCCCCUACCCAUUGUAUGCCAACCACAAUCUGACGGACAAAGCCGAAGCGACCGUUCGCAACCACAUGAACGCUGGCAAGCUGGACGAGAUGGUGAAAGCUUGGUCGGAGAAGCUCGCCACCAAGCCAAACGACUUCUAUCCGCCGGCGUAUGUCUUGUGCCUCCUCGGUGCUUGCGCGAUGUCCAGCGGCUGCACCCUCAGUACCGCGUUCAAGACUCAACUCACAGAUCUUUAUCAGACUGCCGGGUUGAUGUGUAAGGCCCAGCCUCAGAUGCACAAGGCUCUCUUGGGUCCGGAUGGUUACACGGACGGCACACCCUAGGACUUCGGCAGUAUGGGUCUGCACGAAACGAUGCCAUGCGGCGGAGCUCCUGACCAAGACCGCCUGUAUGCGGAGGCCAUCUACGGGAAGAGCAAGCAAGGCACGAUGAAUUGCCAGAGUCCUUUCAGCAUGGGGCCACUACCUCCAGGCGCUUUCGCCGAUCUUCGCAAGAAGCUGUGGGCAGGUGACAAGUCCAAGUCCAAGGCCAAAGCCUCUACCAAGACAGCUCCGAUGCAAGAGUACGGCGCGGACGUCUGCGGUGGGUGUGGGGCGGCGAGCGAGAUAGGAUUAUUGACGUGCAGCAAAUGCAAGACGCGCAAGUAUUGCUGCAAGGAAUGUCAGAAAGCGCAUUGGAAGAAUCACAAACCUGUCUGCUUCCAGCCCGAGGUCGUCGCUGCUUAUGCGGCGAGUACGAUGUCGAAAUAGACGGAGCGGACUUCGUGGCGGUGACUCUGUCACGAUUGUGAUGGAUGGCAUUGCUGGAUUUCGAAUGCGAGCAAGUACGCUCAGCCAAGUGGGUGCUGAAAGUUGUGGCAGGUGUAAUCUAGUUGCUCACUCAUGUCAAGCGUGACUACCAGCACGUCGGAGGGGUCUUAACACCCGACAGUGACCCACGAUUCAAGUUGCUGCCAUUGAAGCCUUACGGCGAUUGCGAGUAGAGCAGAAGGCACAAGGAAGCCAAGCAAAAAUCAUCAUCUCGCUUGCGUACGGCACAAUCAAGGGCAGCGGAUCCCUCCGGUGGCUUGUCUUUGACGCUGAUUCCCGACCUUCACCAGCUCAACAACGA